CUUGUCCAGUUUAGUCCCAGGAUGAUUCUUUUGCCUCAUCCUCAUCUGAAACGGAGGUCACACAGUUCAGUUCCCCUUCUUCUUCUCCUGCUGUUCGCUGGGCCAGGUGGCACGUCGGUGCUUGGCCCCAGUGCCAGUAGAGUCAGAACUGAGGCAGAGCCUAGGACACGAUCUGGAGUAAAAGCAAGGGAAGGCGACCAAGUAAAGGUUAAGGCCGACGGUGAGUACAUACAUGAAGAUACCGGUGUUCUUAGACCAGGGACUCCUGUGGGAGAGGAGAGGGGAGUUUGGGGAGAGCCCAGUGCCGACUUUGGGCCUGUCCUUCCCUCAGCUGGAGCUGGGCAGUGGGAGCCUCGGAUCUCCUCUCGCUGCAUGCCGGUACCCUCCGGCAUGGCCUUGUGCCAGGGCAUCGGCUAUAACACCAUGAGGAUACCCAACUUACUGGGCCAUGAGACUCCGACGGAGGCCGUCCAGCAGAGUGCCAGCUGGCUGCCACUGCUGGCCAGGGAGUGUCAUCCGGAUGCUCGCAUCUUCCUCUGCUCUCUCUUCGCCCCCAUCUGCCUGGACCGGUUUGUGUCACCUUGUAGGAGUUUGUGUGAAUCUGUGCGGGACAGCUGUGCACCUAUCAUGGGCUGCUACGGUUACCCCUGGCCACAGAUUCUGCGCUGUGACCAGUUUCCUGCUGACCACCUCCUGUGCAUCUCAUCCAUCACCAACACCAGCGUGACAACAGGGGGUCGGAGAGUGCCUCAGGCAAGUUGUCGGGACUGUGAGCUGGAGGAGGCUUCCUCUUCCAAAGAUGCACUGGAGACCUUUUGUAGGAGUGACUUUGUGGUGAAACUGCGGCUGACGCGGCUAAAGUUUAGUCCCAUCAGUCUGGCUCAGUUCUCCCUGGCCUCCAAACUGGAAGUUCUGAAGCAUGGACCCCUGCUGGGUGGGCAGAUCCGCUCGCGCAUCGAGCUGUGGCUGGAGAGAGAUGCCACCUGUGUGAGGAACAUGACAAGGCACCAACCCCAGGGAGGCACCUUCCUGGUGACAGGCACCGUGCAGGGGGACCGCUUGGUGGUCAACAAGGUAUUUGCCUGGCAAAGACGCGACAAGCACUUGAUGGCAGCGGCUAGGAAAUGGAAACGCCACCAGUGCAGGAGCUAGAGAUAUGUUUCAGACCAGAGGAGUAGAGAAGAGCUGAGAGCUGAAUGCUUCAAAGCAUUUAGUAGCUAUGGGUAACACGCAGGAUUAAAUUAAACUUUUAGCGUAGCAUUUGUCAAAGUUAUAGAUCUUUAGCUAAGACAGAAGUCAAGUCAAGUCAAUUUUAUUUGUAUAGAACUCUGUGAAUAUCCCUUUGACUGUAAAGGA